AUGCAACCCGGGCUUUGGCUGGCAAUCAGCACUCUGGCAGCAGUGCUGGGCACGGCCCUGCUGGAGGAUGGUGUGUGCCAGGCACCGAAUGGCAACGAUGGCUUCCCAGGAGUCCCUGGCCUUGAUGGGAGGCCAGGGCAGAAGGGUGACGUGGGAGAGCCAGGGAAAUCAACACAGAGGACAGGCAUCCAGGGACAAAAAGGGGAUGUAGGUGACCCAGGGCAUCCUGGCAUCCCAGGGAUCCAAGGCUACCGUGGCUCGUACGGCCCGCCCGGGCUCCCAGGGCAGCCAGGGCCGAAGGGGUACAAGGGGAAAGCUGGGAAUAUCCUGGAGCAGCCGCGUCCUGCCUUCUCCGCCUCACGGAAGUCCCCACCAUCCAUGGGCAAGACGGUAGUGUUUGACAACAUCAUCACCAACCAGGAGAACUCCUACAGUCCCCUGACGGGGGAGUUCACCUGCAGUGUCCCUGGGCUCUACUACUUCGCCUACCAGGUGGUCUCCAGCGGGGACCUCUGCCUGAGCAUCACCAAGAACAAGGAGAAGGUGGUCAGCUUCUGUGACUACAACAGCCGUGAGCUCCUGCAGGUGAACUCGGGCAGCAGUGUGCUCAGCCUGGCCGUGGGCGACCGGGUCUCCGUGAGCACCGGCCCUGGCAAGGGCAGCAUGAUUUACCAUGGCUCCGAGGCAGACAGUGUCUUCAGUGGCUUCAUGCUCUUCCCGCAGACGGGCUGA